AUGGCAAUGUCGUGGGACGUUCGCACAGCCAGCGAGGAGUGGCUCAAGGAUUACGUCCAUCGCAUGAGAACCGACAAUCUCGUCGGCGGUCUUGAAGAAGGCAUAGUAGUAGUCAAACUAUCCGACAAACUAGCAGUCAAAUAUGGAUUCGGAGCGACUGCCCAGGACAUAGUUCGCACCCCUGAAGUGUAUCGCUUCUUCAUGGACACGUCGGCCACCUUUCCCACCAGCUAUAUCUUCAUGGAAUACUUCCGCGGUUGGACAUUGGACGACCUCGACCUCACCGUCCACACCGACAUAAUACCACGCGUAGCCAGCAUCAUCGCACACUUUGGGUCCCUAUCUGGUGGCCAGGUCCCAGGUCCCAUUGGCGGUGGUAAGUUACAUGGCUAUCUCUGGGGCAUAGAUGGCACUUACACUGUGUUCACCUCCAUCGAAGACAUGAACAUCUGGUUGAACAAGAGGCUCGAAGUCCGCCAUCUUACAUCCCAAGCCCUUGUGUUGUGUCACUUGGAUCUCUGCCGUCGGAACAUGAUCAUGCUACCAGACAGAUCCAUAUGCGUCGCCGACUUCGGCUGUGCGGGCUUGUUCCCGAGGUUCUUCGAGCUACUCACCUUGUCGUUUCUCAACCCCUAUGAUCCUGAAUACACGGAGCCAUUGCGGCAGCUAGUCACAGAGCAGCUUGGUAUAACAGAGGAGGAGAAGAGACUUAUGGAGUUGGAAUCCCCCGCCGCGCAUCCAUACUACCUCCGCCUCCGCCUCCACCUCCACCUCAACUUGACUCUACGGCAUCUACCAUAA